AUGGCUGAAGAAAUGAAAAAGAACCCAGAAAAAGAAAUAAAAAGUGUAGAAGAGAGCAAAAAAAGGUUUAAAUUUAAUGCAGAAGCGCCAGAAUUUAUACCUAGAUCAUAUAGUCUUAAUAGUAGUUUUAAUUAUAAUAAUAAUAAUAAUAAUAAUAAUAAUAAUAAUAAUCAAAUGGGUUUAUCAACGGGUUAUUUUUACCCUUGUGUGCAAUUUUUACAAGAUGGAGGAGAUCCUCUUCUUAGAACUAAGUCCGCAGAUUGGUUUUAUGUUGAUCAAUCUCUCUCUUCUUCGUCUUUUAGUAGUAGUACUACUAGUAAUAAUAUAGUGACAACGAAUAAUAAUCAUAAUCAUAAUCAUAAUCAUCGUCAUCGUCGUAAUGGUAAUAAUAAUAGUAAUAAUAAUAAUAAGGAUGUUAAUGCAGUUCAUCCACGAAACUCGUUCGCUGAUGAUCUCAAACAAAAUAUCAUCAAACAGGUAGAAUACCUAUUCAGUGACUUGAGUUUGAUGGCAAAUGAUACAAUGGCCAAAAAUGUCAGUAAAGAUCCUGAAGGUUAUGUUCCUAUUGCUGUCAUUGCAUCUAUGAAGAAGAUUAAAGCUUUGAUUACUGAUCACCAUUUGCUCGUCCAAGCACUUCGCUCUUCUUCGAAACUUGUUGUCAAUAAGGAUAAUAAGAAGGUCAAAAGAAAGAGCCCUUUUACAGAGAAUUACAAAGAUGAACUCCAGUGUCGUACUGUAAUGGUGGAGAAUUUGCCUGAUGAUCAUUCUUACCAGAACCUUGAGAAAAUCUUUAGUGUAGUUGGCAGUGUGAAGGCCAUUAGGUUAUGCCACCCCUCAGAAGCUAAUCCUUCUCGUGCCAAAAGUGAAUCUGUUACUUCUAAUAAGCUUCAUGCACUUGUGGAGUAUGAGAAUUCUGAAACUGCUGAGAAAGCGGCUGAAAAGUUGAAUGAUGAGAGGACAUGGAGGAAAGGGAUGCGAGUUAGGGUCAUGCUAAGACGCUCGCCAAAGUCUGUUUUAAAGAGCAAGAAAUCUGAUUUUGAUAUGUUUACUGAUGAUGAAGAACCGAUAUAUUAUGAUUCACCCAAAGAAACAUCCCCUCAUUCAGAUGGUCCAGAAGUAAUUGCAGAUAACAAUGGUGAAGAAUCUCCAAGUUCAUCAAGAAAAGCAUCAGGACGUGGGCGUGUUAAGACCAAAGGACGUGCUCAAAAUCACAAUGACCAUGGCUUACAUUCUUCUCCCACACACUCAAUAGGUGCCUUGCAGUUUGAUACAUCACUGACCAAGAACAUCAUCAAUAAGGGGCCUCGAAUGCCUGAUGGCACUCGAGGCUUCACCAUGGGACGCGGAAAACCAAUUUCAACUCCAUCUACUCCAAGCACACUUACAGGGUGA